CGGGCAUGCGCCCAGUCCCUCUCCGCCCCCUCCGCGCGGUGAGAGGGAGGGAGGGAGGGGCGCCUCCUCUCCAGCCUUCGCAAUGGAGACGUUGUCGGAGGCCGCCCCGAGCGGGUCCCUCUCCGCAGCCGCGCGCUCGUAAAUCACGCGCGCCGGGAAGGGAAACACCCUCCGCGCGCCUGGCCUGCCCCCUCCCUGCGCGCAAGCAGGCGCCCCCCUCGCUCCGCAGCCUCCGCCUCGCCCCCCGGCGCCGCCUCCCUCCCCUUCCCCGCCUCCCCAGGCGCAGAUGUGGCGCUGCCGCGGCCCGCCCCGUCGGUGCCGGUGGGGGUGGCCGAGGCAGACGCCGGGCAGAUCGCCUCCCGGAGGAGGAGGAGGAGGUCGCUGCUCCCGCCGGUGAGAUCCCGCGCAGGGGAGCCGGGCGCGGACAAGACCAGGCCGGGGACCCCCAACCCGACCUGCGCCCGCCGCGCAGAGCCGCCGAGGGCGCGCACAAAGCCGCCUCCAGACGCCCCCGGCCCGGCCGAGGUUGAGGAGCCCCUCAAAGCAUCCUCCUCCCCCCUCCCCAAUUGACAAGUGGCCCCCUCCCUGGCCACUCGCCAUGCAUUCCCUCGACGAGCCGCUGGACCUCAAGCUAAGCAUCUCCAAGCUCCAGGCGGCACAAGCCAAGAGCGACCAGACCCUGGGCGGCUCCAGGCCCCGAUCCUUCCGCCAGGACUUCCGGAUCCGGGAGGACAGCAGCCCCGACUCGCCUCAUUCCCCACUCGACGGCCUCCAGUCGCACCCCAAAUGCCACGACAAGAGGGACACCCGCUUCUCCUCCACCCCCACCAUCGACCUGAGCCUCUCUCCUCCUCCUCCUCCCGGCUUGGACUCCCCCGGCGGGGGCCGCGCCUCGCUCUCCCCCGACAGGCAGAGCGGCGGGGAGUUGGUGAGCUCCUCCGCCCUGCGGGACCUUCAGUCCCUGCGCUACAUCGAUGGCCUCCGGAGCUCCUUCCAGUUCUUCCUGCCCCUCAACUCGGGGGGUGCCUUGCACCUGCCUGCCUCAGCCUUCCUGGGGGCCCCCAAAGAGAAGCGCCUCUCCCCAGAGAUGCCCCUGCAGAAGCAGCUGGUGUGCCGGUGGUCAAAGUGCAACCAGCCCUUUGACCUGCUGCAAGACCUCGUGGACCACGUCAACGACUUCCACGUGAAGCCGGAGAAGGACGCCGGCUACUGCUGCCACUGGGAGGGCUGCGCUCGCCACGGAAGGGGCUUCAAUGCCAGGUACAAGAUGCUGAUCCACAUCCGCACGCACACCAAUGAAAAGCCCCACCGCUGCCCCACCUGCAACAAGAGCUUCUCUCGGCUGGAAAACCUGAAGAUCCACAACCGCUCCCACACAGGCGAGAAGCCCUACAUCUGCCCCUACGAAGGCUGCAGCAAGCGCUACUCCAACUCGAGCGACCGCUUCAAGCACACCCGCACGCACUACGUGGACAAGCCCUACUACUGCAAGAUGCCCGGCUGCCACAAGCGCUACACAGACCCCAGCUCCCUGCGCAAGCACAUCAAGGCGCACGGCCACUUCAUCUCGCACGAGCAGCAGGAGCUGCUGCAGCUGCAGCCGGCCCCCAAGCCCUCCCUGGCGGCCCCCGCGGACGUGCCUUACCUCAACGGGGCGCAGAUCAUCAUCCCCAACCCCGCCGCCCUCUUCGGCAGCCACGGCCUGCCCCUCCCGCUGGCCCCCGCCCCACUGGACCUCAGCGCCCUGGCCUGCGGGGGGCUGGCCGGCCUCCACAGCCCUGUCCUGGGGCCCCUCAACCUGGCCAAGAACCCCCUCCUCGCCUCGCCCUUCGCUGCCAGCAGCCUGGGGCUGCCCGUCGUCUCCUUGCUGGCGGGGGCCGCCUCCGCCAAGGCCCUGCCCGAGAGGAGCGCGGCCCGGCCCAGCAAAGGCGGCGGGGGCGGGCAGGGGCCGCCACAGAGCUGCAAGGAAGCCAGCGGGAGGACUGAGAGGGGCCGGGGGGGCGCAGAGGGCCUCUCGCUGCUGCCUGCGGGGGGCGCCCUAGACCUCUCCACCGGCAUGAACUCGGCGGGCAGCUCAGACGGCCUGCCCCCCGGUUGGGUGGUGAUCCCCACAGGCUCCGUGUUGCUGAAGCAGGCCGUGGUGAACUGAAGGGGGGUUGCGACCCACACCAUGGACGGGGGUGGGAAUC